CACAGUGGUCUUAACUCUUAAGGUACCACCUACUUAGAUCGACCGUGCCUACAUCUGCUGCUACAUGACUCUGGAGGAAGACGAAUAGGUUGAAGAAAUUGAAAUGGUGGGUAGAAAGAAAAGGACCCAAAAUUGUGACAAAGUGUCCCAUGAGGAGUUAGAUCGGAUAAGCCAGUUACCGGAGUGUUUGAUAUCUGAAAUACUUUAUCAUCUCUCUACCAAAGAUGCUGUCAGAACAAGUGUUUUGUCUACCAAAUGGAGAUAUCUUUGGCAAUGGGUUCCUGGAUUGGACGUGGAGUUCAACACAUUCUCGAAUAUCGAUGCGUUUAUGAGUUUCGCUGAAAGGUUUUUCUAUUCCAACAGGGGAUCAUGGAUACGCAAACUCCGGUUAAAUAUCAGUGAUCCUUUAGGUAAGUGUGAUCUCAACUCAUGGAUUGAUGUUUUCACUACACGUAGGAUUCAACAUCUUGCUGUUGACUACAUUCCCACUAGUGAGAUACCCUUGAGCAUGUAUACCUGCAAGACACUGGUACACUUACAACUUGUUCGGGCCACCUUGGGUGAUGCCGAGUUUGUCUCAUUUCCUUGUCUAAAGAUCAUGCAUUUAGAAGAUGUUAUAUUUCCCAAUGAGACCAUGUUGGAGAAGCUUAUCUCAGGCUCUCCAGUUCUGGAAGAUUUAUUGAUCAGCAGACCAUAUCCGCAGUAUGACAAGGCAAAGGUUUUACAAGUGCGCUCUCAUACACUAAAGAGAAUCGAUAUCGAUGGGUCUACUGAAGUUGUGAUUGAUGCACCUUUACUCCUGUGUUUGAGGACUAUGAUUUACUUGACAAAGAACUUUGAGAUCAUUAGUUUGGGUUUCCCUACCAAACUGGAUAUUGAUGUCGUCUUUAGCAAUAAGAAGACAUACGGUAAAAGCUUGAUUGACGAUAUCCUCACCGAUAUUACAAGGGUCAGGGACCUAGUUAUUAAUAAUGUUAUUUUGAAGAAUAUCUUGCUAUACUCCAACUUGGGGCAGGUGCUUCAGUUUCGUGACCUAUCCCGCUUGAAUGCUGGAUUUGCGAAAUCUGAUCUUGAAAUGUUACCAACAAUUCUUGAGAGCUGCCCAAGACUGGAAUCUUUCACAUUGGAAUUGGUGAAAGACCCAUCCAUGUGCGGUAAGAUGAAGAAAGAACCAAAUGUGAUGUUCUCAGAAGUGCCUCGAUGUUUGGUAUCAUCGCUCAAGUUUGUAGAAUUGAAACGUUCAAUCCCAAGGUAUGAAGGAGAAAUGGAGCUAAUAAGAUACUUGCUGAAGAAUUCAAGAAUCCUGGAGAAAUUAAGGCUCAAUGUUUACUACAGGAAAAAGGAAAAGUGUGACUUCCUUACAGAACUCGUUUCAAUGACAAGAUGCUCUAGCGCUUGUAAAGUCCUUGUUCUUUAAGUACUUAAAAGAUAUUGCUGAACACUUCGUUUAAGGUUAAUCUUUUGGGAUUUGAGAGACAUGUAAAAUUUGCAGUUAAGUGCUUAUCACCA